AUGGAGCACUAUAUGGACGAGAAGUGGAAGAUAACGUCCAAGGAUGAUAAGAACAGCCAUUGGCAUAAUUCCUCGUCAGGCAAGUCCUCGUCACUGCCGAGGAGCGUUUCCCAGAGGGGCUCGACCACAAAGUCACUCAAGAAUCCUUUCAACCUGUCGAGGAGCGCUUCACAGAAGAGCGCAUCGACCAAGUCGUCUCUGUCGAGGAGUUCAUCGCAGAGGUGCUCGGAGUUCACGCGCAAGUGCAGCAGCCUGGCCAAGGAACAGAAAGCCAAGUUCUACAUUGUGAAGAGGUGCAUCACGAUGCUGGUCAGCUGGAAGAAGAACGGCGACUCUUGA